GAUGAAAAAGGUUCUACGACAACAUCCUGCUCGUACAAUCACCGAACUGAGACAAAAGCUUCAAGGAAUAUGGAAUUGUUUUACACCAAAUUUUUGCCAAAACUUGCCGUAAUAAAAAAUAAAGGUGAUGUUACCCAAUGGUAAUCUUUCAAUUGUUGCUUUGUUAACUUCGCACAUUGUUUAUUUGUUCAGAUGUUCUAUAAGUU